AGUUUCGUCACAAAGUAUCUUGGCACUGCAUAGAACACUUAAUGUUUAACGUGGUAAUGUAAAAUGGUGGAAUAUAAAAUUUUUCCCAUAUACUUAGUGCUUAUGUAAUUAUAAGUCGAUCUGUGGAAUGAACCGUAAGUUGAGUAACCACAAGUGUUAGACGCUGAGUUUAUUUCUGACCCUCGUGGGAACAUUUUCUUAUUUGACAAUCUAAGCCGAAACAAAUGCAACUCUCGGUUUUGACAUUUCCUUUUAACUUAUUUUCGGUAGAUUCAUCCAAAAAACUUAUAAACUUUUACAAGUUCUGUAUCGUACGUUAAAUUUUUAUGCACUGGUGUUUAAGGCGUAAAUUUAAUAUCUGUACUGUAGUUUAUUAACGUUUUUACACGCAAUACGCGUGUUAUAUAAAUUUCAACAGCGAGCAACGAGAAAUACAGAAAUAUUUUUGGAAAUUGAGUCGUGGCCGAGAUUGACAACUGCAUGACUGAUAGUCAUAUUUCUUGCUGCCGUUGUGUGUAAUUGUACUUUGUUGUUCCUUUGGCAUUUCGGUGUUUGUGGAAAAAUCGACAAGGAUCGGUACCUUUACCAGUAGAUAAACUUCUUUAUUUGUUGCUAACUGAGAUCUUAGAACUUUCUAUCCGGCGAGGAGAAAAGCAAAUAAAAAUUUUGCAUACCUAAGUAACCACUAUACAUACAUUACUAGACAUACGAUUUGGUUUAAAGGCGCCGAAGCUUACUAUACGUUGAGGUGGUAAAAAAAUAUAAUAUGACAGAACGUCCAAGCAAUCUUUUCACGGCUGGGAGCAGUCGUCCUCGCAAUCCGCCAAGUGAAUUGAAUUUGGGUACUUUUAAUGGGCGUCAACCGCCAUCAUUUUCAUCAACAUCAUCUGGUUCAGCUUCGUCCAAUUUGUCUACAUCGUCUGCCUCGAGUUCCUCUUCACAUAAUUUGGUACAGCGUUUCUGUGCACCACCGCAGCCAGCACCCGUUGUGGCACCAGUAGCUGUGCCGGCUCCAACAACAAAUAAUCAAGAACGUACGCGUGAACGCAUUAAACAACAAGCUUGCGGAAAGCUAUUAAUUGAUGAGGAAUUUUAUCAUUUUACUUCUGACGAUUUAACCGAUGUUGGAGAAAUCGGUCGUGGAGCUUUUGGCACGGUCAACAAGAUGAUAUUUAAGGUUGGCAAAGUGAUGGCUGUGAAACGUAUACGAUCGACGGUCGAUGAGAAGGAACAAAAGCAACUACUUAUGGAUUUGGAAGUUGUAAUGAAUUCAAAUGAAUGUCCCUAUAUAGUACAGUUUUAUGGCGCACUCUUCAAAGAGGGUGAUUGUUGGAUAUGCAUGGAGUUGAUGGAUACCUCGCUCGAUAAAUUUUACAAAUACAUUUACGAACGUAAACAGCAACGUAUACCCGAAUCGAUAUUAACAAAAAUAACCGUGGCUACCGUGCAGGCGUUAAACUAUUUGAAAGAGGAAUUAUCGAUUAUUCAUCGUGAUGUAAAACCCAGCAAUAUAUUGCUGCAUCGUCGCGGCGAUAUUAAGCUAUGUGAUUUCGGUAUUUGCGGUAAAUUAGUGGAUUCCAUUGCAGAGACCAAAGAUGCAGGAUGCCGGCCAUAUAUGGCGCCGGAACGUAUUGAUCCAGAACGCGCAAAGGGAUACGAUGUACGGAGCGACGUAUGGUCGUUGGGAAUAACGCUGAUGGAGGUAGCAACUGGGUUAUUCCCAUAUCCCAAAUGGGAUUCAGUGUUCGAGCAAUUGUAUCAGGUGGUAAAGGGCGAUCCGCCACGUCUACAAACAUCCUACAAGGGUAUGGAGUUCUCACAGGAAUUCGUAGAUUUUGUGAAUACUUGUUUGAACAAAGACGAGAGAGAACGACCCAAAUAUGGUCCAUUGUUGGAAAUGCCAUUUAUAUUACGCGGUCAGCGCAGUCAUACCGAUGUAGCUGCCUAUGUAACUGAUAUACUAGAGAAUAUGGUUAAAGAUGGCAUAACUGAAUUUACAACAAAUCAACCGGCUGAAAGUUAAUGGGCUACCCUGUUAUUUCUAAUGUAUUAAUUGCCAUUUAACGAUGUUAUUAGUGGAGACCGAUGGUAGUACGAAAUUUGGUAGACAAGCAUAGUAGCAAAAUGGUAUGCGAAUUGUGUGAAAGUGAUUAUUGUUACAGCAGCUCAGGUCAGCUGUUGCUUCAUUGCUGAGAGAGAAAGUACUAAUAUAUCAAAAAAGAAACCAUUAAAGGUGAAAAUUAAGAAAAAUAUAAUAAUAUAACAAAUCCCGAACUAUGUAGUAAAAGGAAAGGUUCUUAAGAUAAAAUAAAAAAUAUAAAAAAUCA